AUGCCGGCAGUCGUCGAGAUCCCGGGUCGAGCGCCCCUCACCACCUUCGAAGCGGCCGUCCAGGAAGAAUUUAACGUCCUCCGCCGCAUCCCGCAUGUGCCCGCGGUAAAAGCGCUGACGGAGCAGCUAUGGCAGGACCGGGAGUCGGUCGAGGCCCUCACCAGGCUUCAUCUGGGCCUACGUAAACAGGACGCCUGCACGGUGCUGGACCGACGACAAUGGAUCCGCGGUGCGUUCAACAUUUGUGUGUUGCUCGAGGUCGCCGAGCCCUGGGGGGAGUCGAGGAAGGUGAUGUUUCGCUGUGGGAUGCCGCACAAGCUCGCUGAGCCCCAGUACCCCGGGACCGUGGACGAGAAGACCAGCUGCGAGGCUGGUGCGUAUGUUUGGAUGCAGGAGAAGUGUCCGGAUGUCCGGAUCCCGCAUUUGUAUGGGUUCGGGUUUUCGAAUGAACGCCAUUACACUCAUGUUCAUCAGAAGUCGUUCCUGCGGCGGCUUGUCCACGGCUUCUGGCGCUGUGUCUACGGGCUACUGGGAUAUCCUCUCCUGUCUCAGUACACCCCCACCACAACCCAGCAUACAGCCCCUGCUGCGUACAUGGUGAUGGAGUACAUCACCCCCAGCAUAGGACGAACCCUAGCGACCACGUGGGAAAAGCACCGCAAAUCCCCCGGUAUGAGACGGAACCUAUUCAGCGGAAUGGCCAGCAUCAUGCUAUCCCUCGCCCGCAUCCCGCAACCGCGGAUCGGAUCCUUCCAGUUCCACCACGACGGCACCAUCAGCCUAACCAACCGGCCCUUCUUUUGUUCCACCGCCAUCCUCGAAAACGACGGCGCCCCGCGGACCAUCGAACCCAGCCACACCUACACCUGCACCGAACCCUUCGUCUCCGACGCCAUCACCUUCCACGACCAGCGCUUCCUGCACGACCCCAACGCCGCCGAGAGCGAACCCGACUGCCGCGCCCAAAUGACCGUCAAGACCCUCCUCCGCGCCUUCUCCCAUCGGUACAUCUCCCGCGAGCACCGCCAGGGCCCGUUUCUCCUCCAGCUCACCGACCUCCACGCCAGCAACAUCUUCGUCGACGACGACUGGAACGUCACUUGCCUCAUCGACCUGGAAUGGAUGUGCGCCUUACCGCCCGAGGCGCUCGAUGUCCCCUACUGGCUCACCAGCCGCGGCAUCGACGAGAUCGAGGACGAGGCGUACGAGGAGUUCAGCAAAGUGCGGGAGGAGUUCAUGGAUGCGCUGCGGGAGCAGGAAGUGGAAAAUGGACUGUGGGAGAAGGGGCCAGGGCAGGGCCAUGAUCUCAGCGUGCCGCAGAUUAUGCAGAAGUCGUGGGAGUCCAAGGGAACGUGGUUCUGGCAUUGUGUGACGUCGGUUAACGCGAUGUAUGUUUUGUUGGAGAGUCAUCUUUGCCGGCCCGGGUCGUUGCCGAGGGCGGCGGAGAAGGUGAUUUCGCAGUUUUAUUGUGAGGAUCCGGAUGGGUUGGUGAAGAGGAAGAUGGAGGAUAAGAAGGCGUAUAAUGCGCAACUUAAGCUUGCUUUUGCGUGA